GGAUUAUUCAGUUUGUGAUAGGCAAUUUGCAAGAUAAUAUUGAGAAACAUCUCAGUACAUAUCGAACCUGUGGUCAGUUAACAUUGAAAACUAGAUCCAGCGAAAACUAGAACGCAGGUUACUAGAACAUCAAGGGUAAAAAUGCUCUUCAACCUCAGCAAGAAGAAGCUCUUGCUGUUUUCGACACUUGCGGCUAUCCUUGUGGUGGCGUUAGUCCUAGGCUUGUACUUCGGUCUCCGCAGUGAUGACUCCGAUGAGAAGGAAUAUCUUCCUGGAGCAGCGGUAGUCUCCAAUGGAGACGAAUGCGCCGCAAUCGGUGCAGGUAUUCUGAGGAAGGGCGGCUCGGCAGUCGAUGCAGCGAUCACUCUUAUGAUAUGCGAAGAGCUCACAUCGCCCCAAAGCACAGGAAUCGGUGGUGGAUUUCUGGCUACGGUAUACAACCGGAAGACGGGAGUUGUAGAGACGAUGGAUGCUCGAGAAAUGGCGCCCGCAGCCGCUACAGAAGAUAUGUUUGUAGGUGAUGGGGAUGCUGCUGUAUUGGGAGGGCUGGCGAUCGGCACUCCGGGCGUUAUCAAAGGUUUCUGGGAGCUUCAUGAACGUUACGGAAGCUUACCAUGGAAGGAUUUGUUCGAACCGGUGAUUGAGUUAGCUAGGAAUGGUAUUAGUGUAAAUGAGUUCCUCGUGAGUGCCUUGCAAGCGCAGCGAACAAAUCUACGGACGAUUCCAUCGCUCCGAGAAUUGUUCGUAAAUCCAGACACUGACGACGUGUGGAAACUAGGUGAUAACUUGAAAUACACCGCUUUUGGUGAUACCUUGGAGGUUAUUGCCAACGAGGGAGCUAACGCACUGCAUGCAGCAAAUGGUACAUUAUUGCCGAAGAUCCUAGAGGACUUGAAAAGCUUUGGCAGCAUCAUAACAAAGGAAGACUUCCUGAACUACAAACCACGUUGGCUUCCACCAGCGUACACGAAGCUACACGAAGGAUCAAGCGUCUACAGUAUGCCUCUUCCGGGAAGUGGAUCAAUUGCCAUCAAUAUCCUAAACAUACUCGAUGGCUAUGAAAACCUCCAGGCGGAUGAUCCUCUCACUUGGCAUCGGGUGGUGGAGAGCUUCAAGCAUGCCUACGGACUGCGAACGCGAGUUGGCGAUCCUGAUUUCGUCCCGGAGAUCCAAGAACUGGUACAGAAUCUUACCAGCAAGGAUUUUGCCACGUUGGUACGGGAAAAGAUCGACAGCAAUCGCACGUUCACCGAUUACCAGUACUACGGAGCAGAGUUCUCCGAAGAAGAAGAUCACGGUACGGCUCACAUUUCCGUGUUGGCUCCGAAUGGUGAUGCGGUCGCCAUGACCGGAACCAUCAACACUUACUUCGGAUGCAAACGGCGAUCGCCAUCCACCGGGAUCAUAUUCAACAAUAUCAUGGAUGAUUUCUCGACCCCAGGUGUGAUCAACUCGUUCGGUGUCCCCGCUUCUCCGGCGAAUUACGUGGCACCCGGAAAACGGCCGUUGUCGUCGAUGACACCAACCAUCGUAGUAGAUGCCGAAGGUGAUGUCCGGAUGGUUGUGGGAGGAGCCGGUGGAACACGGAUUACUACCGCUACGGUGCUGUUGGUUCUUCAAAGUGUGUUUUUCGGUCGAGAUCUGGAAGGGGCAAUGAGUGCACCGAGAUUGCAUCACCAGCUAGCGCCGUUGGCAGCCGAUGUGGAGCAGAGUUUUGACCAGGAAGUGAUCAAUGGACUGAGGGAACGAGGUCAUGAAGUGAGAUUGUCGACGGGAAUUGGCACUAUGACUGCUAUCGCUAGAGAACGUGAUAAUAGGGUAACCGCUGCAUUCGACCCAAAGAGAGGAGGUAGUUUUGAGGUUUUGGACUGGUGAAGAUAUGUUUAAAUUAGUUCUUUUUGCUUCGAAAUAAGCAAUGUGAUUGUAGAAUGUUAAUUAAAAUUAUGUACAAAAGCCUA